AAAAAAAAAAAAAAAAAAAAACAAACAGAUCUUUGAGUUCCAGUGUUCCACACAUUUGUAAGUUGCAACUUGAUUUAUUUUAAUGAUAAGGGUUUCUCCAUUUCCGCUGCUGCUGCGAUUGAAAUCUCUCCGGCCCUUCUGGUGUCAAGUCGGUCAGGCAUACCAAAUGCAGAGUGGUAGUUGCCCCAAUGUUGAAAACAAGUAUCAAGUUCGUAAACUUGAGAUAUCCGACAAAAAUAAGGGCUUCCUUGAAUUACUGCAACAACUAACUGUAUGUGAUUCUGUCUCUGACCAAGAAUUCCAAAAUCGGUUUGAAGAGCUGAAAUCACAUGGUGAUGACCGUGUAGUAUGUGUAAUUGAAGAUGAUAGUUCAAAUAAGAUUAUAGCAACCGGAAGUGUGUUUAUUGAAAGAAAGUUUAUAAGGAGUUGUGGGAAAGCAGGUCACAUAGAAGAUGUUGUAGUUGACUCAAAUGCACGAGGUUUGCAAUUAGGAAAGAAAAUUGUUGGAUUUCUCACCGAUCAUGCUCGUUCACUGGGAUGUUACAAGGUGGUGCUCUAUUGUGGUGAUAGAAACCGCGGAUUCUACGAGAAGUGUGGUUUUAAGCAGGGAGCAAUUCAGAUGGCCAAGUACUUUGUAUGAGCAGUGCAUACUAUAUAUGGAUUCACCGUGUUAACAAUACAUCAACAGAUCAACUGGUGUCUGGAUCUCAUUGUUAAUUGUUGUUGAUAGUAGCAUUGUAAGUACAUUGAUUUGAUAUUUGAACUUUAAUGGAAAACGACAUUCAAGGUUA